GUAUCCAGUGCCAGAGCGCUUGUCUCGUCCACCAUGCAUAAAGCUGGCUUUGUGACUCUGUGUCCAGACAAGCUUGCACUUGCUUGCCUUAUUAAUGAGCUACUAUUUAUUGCUACUAUGGAUGAAGAAGCUAUAAGAGAGGCACUGCAGUUGUCGACAACCAAACGUAUUGGGAGACCAAAAAAAAUCGGCCAGAACGUGUUGCGUGUUCACACCAGGCUUCCAACUGGUCAACGUGCUUACGGGCGCAUAGUAGACCGCUCAGCUGGCCAGGUCCUGCAGCACGAACAAGAACAACAACAGCAGCAGCAACAGCAGCAUCUAAAACACCAGCCAGCUCAGGAUAACGCACUAGCAGCUGCAAGGGGCGCAUCAAUCCCAGCAGAGCCACAAGCUGAACCUGUUGACAUCCCUGACGCUGCGGACUCUCCUGGGCUACGUGCUGAUAGUAUUCGUAGCAAUGUCCAGUCGCCCUGCAACUACACGCGUCUCGCGGCAGAUGAGAACGAUGUAAAGUUCUCAUGCUGCGCCGUCUCUGGAUGCCCGCGGCGGGCAGCUGACGGGAUAAAACUUACUACAUUUGCAGCGUGGCUUCAGCAACAGUGCUCGCCCGAUGAAAGCUGGCCGCCAAAGCCUGUCGCAGGGACACGCACAAAAACCGUGUACUGCGUGCCGUCUGGCCCGAAGGGGAGCUAUGAGCUCGUUACCUUCAAGACCGUGCGCUUCAGCGAUGGCAUCCAUGUCAUUUCCUGGUGCACGUGCAUGGAGGACUGGCGCUCUUGCUUGGCUUUCGAUGUGGACGAGUCCGGCUGGUCACGGGAGGAAGUGCUGGAAGGCCUUGGUCACGCGUGCAAGCACGCCCUGGCGCUUACGCUGCCUUUGCAGUGGCGACGUGAGCCACUGACAAAGCUUCAUCCCCUUGAGCGGGCCAACGUGCCGGAGCCACCAGCAUCAGUACAGGAGGUGUUCUUCCUGGGUUCCCCUGGGGUCAGGCGCUGGCUUGUCGGGAGUCCGCUGAAGAACGGCGAAGCUGCUGUUGUCGUUCAGCGUGGCAUGGUGCUGCAGUGCGCAGCAUGCUCUGACAGCAAGAACUGCAGCCAUGUGAAGCACGUCCACAGCUUAACCCCGGGCACCCGGCCGUCAGAACCUGGUGACGACUAUCGCAAAGAGCUGGCAGACAUGCUCCAGCGCUACCUGGAUCCUGUGACCGGCAAGUUCAAGGCCACGUCAGUUUCCCAGGAGCGCAUCGUCGACGGCCUCUUCACACAUGUGAAGCUACGCAAGUAUCCUGAGUAUGGCAGCAUGCCGCGCCACUUCGCCCCACCGGCGGUGGAGUGCGGUAGUUGCGUGUGCGGCCGCCCUUGGGUGGAUGCUAAGGAAGAGCUAUCGUGUGUUGAGGGCAAGUCCGUGGUGUACAGCCUGACGUGGUUUGCAGAGGUCGAUGUGUAUCACCGUGUGUGCAAGUGCAAGCGCACAUUGCACUACAACUUCAGCCAGGACGGCAUCCUCAAUCUUAACAAUCUGGACCUGUUCAGCCACGAGCUGCUGCAGUGGUACUGUGUGGAGAUGGCCACAGCGCCAGUGCCAUUCUACGCCAUGUGGAAAACAGUUGUGGGCUGCUAUGUCUCGCGUGGAUUCCUGACGGAGGAGGCGCCAGGCAUAACCCUGGGCAAGCGGCGGAAGCAAGGAGUUGUGCAGCCACAAACGGCUUCAGCGGGUGCAUCUGGUGCCACUGCGGGUGGUUCCAAGCAAGAUACGACGCGGCCGGUGAAACGGCUUAAGGUAUCUGCACCAAAGGAUGCGCCACCGAAGGCUCCCACUAGCACUGGGCUACAUGCGCGGAGCACUGGCGGGGCGCGCGGGGAAGGCACCGGCACCAGCUGCGCGCCAACCUGUGCACCCUCAGCGGCUACGGUGUCGGCUGCACAACUGAUGGUGGCGGCGGAGGCGGCUGGGGCUGCAGCGCUGGGCGCUGGGAGCGCGGGCGGCACGGGUGGCGCAGGCACCGGCACCAGCUGCGCGCCAACCUCUGCACCCUCAGCGGCUACGGUGUCAGCUGCACAACUGGCGGUGGCGGCGACGAUGGCUGGGGCGGCUGUACCGCGCGAUGGGAGCGCGGGCGGGACGGGCGGCACAGGCACCGGCACCAGCUCCGCGCCAACCUCUGCACCCUCAGCGGCUACGGUGUCAGCUGCACAACUGGCGGUGGCGGCGGAGGCGGCUUGGGCUGCAGCGCUGGGCGCUGGGAGCGCGGGCGGCACGGGUGGCGCAGGCACCGGCACCAGCUGCGCGCCAACCUCUGCACCCUCAGCGGCUACGGUGUCAGCUGCACAACUGGCGGUGGCGGCGGAGGCGGCUUGGGCUGCAGCGCCGGGCGCUGGGAGCGCGGGCGGCACGGGUGGCGCAGGCACCGGCACCAGCUGCGCGCCAACCUGUGCACCCUCAGCGGCUACGGUGUCGGCUGCACAACUGAUGGUGGCGGCGGAGGCGGCUGGGGCUGCAGCGCUGGGCGCUGGGAGCGCGGGCGGCACGGGUGGCGCAGGCACCGGCACCAGCUGCGCGCCAACCUCUGCACCCUCAGCGGCUACGGUGUCAGCUGCACAACUGGCGGUGGCGGCGACGAUGGCUGGGGCGGCUGUACCGCGCGAUGGGAGCGCGGGCGGGACGGGCGGCACAGGCACCGGCACCAGCUCCGCGCCAACCUCUGCACCCUCAGCGGCUACAGUGUCAGCUGCACAACUGGCGGUGGCGGCGGAGGCGGCUUGGGCUGCAGCGCUGGGCGCUGGGAGCGCGGGCGGCACGGGUGGCGCAGGCACCGGCACCAGCUGCGCGCCAACCUCUGCACCCUCAGCGGCUACGGUGUCAGCUGCACAACUGGCGGUGGCGGCGGAGGCGGCUUGGGCUGCAGCGCCGGGCGCUGGGAGCGCGGGCGGCACGGGUGGCGCAGGCACCGGCACCAGCUGCGCGCCAACCUGUGCACCCUCAGCGGCUACGGUGUCGGCUGCACAACUGGUGGUGGCGGCGGAGGCGGCUGGGGCUGCAGCGCUGGGCGCUGGGAGCGCGGGCGGCACGGGUGGCGCAGGCACCGGCACUAGCUGCGCGCCAACCUCUGCACCCUCAGCGGCUACGGUGUCAGCUGCACAACUGGCGGUGGCGGCGACGAUGGCUGGGGCGGCUGUACCGCGCGAUGGGAGCGCGGGCCGGACGGGCGGCACAGGCAGCGGCACCAGCUGCGCGCCAACCUCUGCACCCUCAGCGGCUACGGUGUCGGCUGCACAACUGGCGGUGGCGGCGGAGGCGGCUGGGGCUGCAGCGCUGGGCGCUGGGAGCGCGGGCGGCACGGGUGGCGCAGGCAGCGGCACCAGCUCCGCGCCAACCUCUGCACCCUCAGCGGCUACGGUGUCAGCUGCACAACUGGCGGUGGCGGCGGAGGCGGCUUGGGCUGCAGCGCUGGGCGCUGGGAGCGCGGGCGGCACGGGUGGCGCAGGCACCGGCACCAGCUGCGCGCCAACCUCUGCACCCUCAGCGGCUACGGUGUCAGCUGCACAACUGGCGGUGGCGGCGACGAUGGCUAAGGCGGCGGAACCGCGCGAUGGGAGCGCGGGCGGGACGAUCAGGGCAGGCACCGGCACCAGCUGCGCGCCAACCUCUGCACCCUCAGCGGCUACGGUGUCAGCUGCACAACUGGCGGUGGCGGCGGAGGCGGCUUGGGCUGCAGCGCUGGGCGCUGGGAGCGCGGGCGGCACGGGUGGCGCAGGCAGCGGCACCAGCUGCGCGCCAACCUCUGCACCCUCAGCGGCUACGGUGUCAGCUGCACGACUGGCGGUGGCGGCGGAGGCGGCUCGGGCUGCAGCGCUGGGCGCUGAGAGCGCGGGCGGCACAGAGAUGGGUGGCGGAGAUGUGUCAACUGCAGCUGAGGCACGCCCUGCCGCUUGGUCCAGGACAGCACUGCGUUUCUUUCUCAACAAGCGCAAAGUGUUUCAGCAGGCGUGGAUCAACUACAUCGCCCUGCAAGACAUCCCUUACGAAAGCGCGUUCCAGUGUGGCUGUGGCACUCACCAGUGCGAUUAUGUUAUUGCUGACGGCAUCUUACUGGGCGUGCAUAAGGAUAAGGUGCAUCUCACCAAGCCGUGGAUGUCACACGACUUAUCUGCGCGCGCUGGCUCGCUGCAUAAAGACCGCGUCCUGCUGGACCUGCGUGCCUCUCGCGAGGUGCUUGGGCGCCUCUGCAGACCGGGUCAACGUGCCGUUACUGCGGAGGAGUACACAGCACUGAUCACCAAAACACGGCAACGGUGCCCUGAACUGGAGCCUUACGUGGAGGAAUGCCGGGGAGAUGGCGUGGUGGCUGACGCGGUGUGCAGACUACUGUCUGCUGUCGCAUCGGAAAGUCCCGUGUGCUCCUUCUUGCCGGGCAUCACGCACGCGCGCAUUCAGGCCCUGCUGACCGGACAGCUAUCCCCAAAGGAGCUUCGUGACCUUGCGAGAGAUGCCCCCAUUAUUGGCAACUUCAUCGCCAACGAGUGUAGCCACACAGCAGGCGGCAGGCUGCCAGAGAAAGCAAAGCUGCUGCUAACCCGCCUCCUAUCCGUUGCCAAGGCGGCUUACAAGCCAGCCAGUUUGGGCAAAUUCGACAAGGGUACUGCUCCCCGCGCCGAACGUGACACGGCGGCACGCGCAGGAAUACGCAGCGGCAGCGGCGCGCCCACACCAGCGCCUGUGCAGGCGGCGCCAGCGGCGGCGGGUGGGGCUGCAGCGCCGCGCGCCCGGAGCGCGGGCGGGACGGGCGGAGCAGGCAGCGGCAGCGGCGCGCCCACACCAGCGCCUGUGCAGGCGGCGCCGCCGGCGGCGGGUGGGGCUGCCGCGCCGCGCGCCAGGAGCGCGGGCGGGGUGGGCGGAGCAGGCAGCGGCACCAGCUGCGCGCCAACCAUUGCACCCUCAGCGGCUACGGUGUCGGCUGCACAACUGGCGGUGGCGGCGACGAUGGCUAAGGCGGCGGAACCGCGCGAUGGGAGCGCGGGCGGGACGAUCAGGGCAGGCAGCGGCAGCGGCGCGCCCACACCAGCGCCUGUGCAGGCGGCGCCGCCGGCGGCCGGUGGGGCUGCAGCGCCGCCCGCCCGGAGCGCGGGCGGGGUGGGCGGAGCAGGUGCGGACAGUGGGCGGCUAGUUGUUGUUGCUGCACAACUGGCGGUGGCGGCGACGAUGGCUAAGGCGGCGGAACCGCGCGAUGGGAGCGCGGGCGGGACGAUCAGGGCAGGCUCCGGCACCAGCUGCGCGCCAACCUCUGCACCCUCAGCGAUUACGGCGUCGGCUGCACAACUGGUGGUGGCGGCGGCGGCGGGUGGGGCUGCAGCGCCGCGCGCCCGGAGCGCGGGCGGGACGGGCGGAGCAGGCAGCGGCACCAACUGCGCGCCAACCUCUGCACCCUCAGCGGCUACGGUGUCGGCUGCACAACUGGCGGUGGCGGCGGAGGCGGCUGGGGCUGCAGCGCUGGGCGCUGGGAGCGCGGGCGGGACGAUCAGGGCAGGCAGCGGCAGCGGCGCGCCCACACCAGCGCCUGUGCAGGCGGCGCCGCCGGCGGCGGGUGGGGCUGCCGCGCCGCGCGCCAGGAGCGCGGGCGGGGUGGGCGGAGCAGGCAGCGGCAGCGGCGCGCCCACACCAGCGCCUGUGCAGGCGGCGCCAGCGGCGGCGGGUGGGGCUGCAGCGCCGCGCGCCCGGAGCGCGGGUGGGACGGGAGGAGCAGGCAGCGGCAGCGGCGCGCCCACACCAGCGCCUGUGCAGGCGGCGCCGGCGGCGGCGGGUGGGGCUGCAGCGCCGCGCGCCCGGAGCGCGGGCGGGACGGGCGGAGCAGGCACCGGCACGCUUUCAUAUGACACUGAGUUCCUACAAACGGGCUUCUACUACCCAACACUGCCAUGGCGCGUUGAUCGCAAGAUUGGGCUUUACGCUGCUGACUUGCGUUCUCAACGUGCGGGCGCCAAGCGCUGCACCAAAUUCAAGUAUGACUCAAAGAACCUAUCGCCCGGGCUGUUCGUUGUCCAUUGUCUGGACUGCGGCGGCUGCUUGGGCUUUCACAUGCUUGAGAAUGCGGAAUCGCCGCGAGCCUUGUUCGAGGUGCUGUACACUAGGUGGCCAGAGGCGCCGAAAGUGGUCGUGUAUGACAACAAUUGCCACGCGCACGCCUACUUCCUGAACCGGGAGCCGGAGUGGGUCACAAACACAUUGUUUGUGAUCGACAAGACCCACUUCCGUGGGCACAAGGGCUGCUGCAAGGCGUAUGACAUAGGCUCGUACCCAACGCUGUCGUGCAAGAAUUCACAGCUUGCCGAGCAGCGGAACUCGAAGCUGGCAAUCCUCAAGUCGCACUGCGCGUACAUGUCCCAGGCGGUCUUCCUGGUGUACGUGCGCUACUUCCUGUACAUGACGUGGGCCUUGGCACGAAUGGAGGGGCAGUCGAAGGCAUAAAUAAAGGCAGUGUGUGUUGAUGUCCGAGCACAGCCGUAAUAGGCCAGUCCAUACCUCCCGAGCAUGUCUUGCAUUUGCAUUCACACUAGCUGACAUUUCUCAUGUGCUGCAUGAGGGUGUGUGGGUGGGGGCAUUACGUGAACAUUACGUUUCUAGUUUUGUGCGAGGAAACUGCGGUGUGUGCGUGAUGGGACAGGGUUUAGGCAGGUUGGCGAGGUCCCGUAGGGUGCAGCUGACGCCCAUACCCCAAGCAGACAGCAAACAAUUUGCAGCGGCAGAGCAGAAGUGCAUGGCUGGUCGAACGCCGGAGUUACUGUACCGAGAAGUUGCUGGCUGGCUGGAAGUUGGGACUUUGGUGUGUGUGUCAGUGUGUGUGUCAGUGUGUGUGUGAGAGAGAGAGAGAAAGAGAGAGAGAACUGGGACACACUGUAAAGAUGAAAGCUU